CUACGUCGCUAGAACCUUUGAGUAACAAACCGAAGAGAAACGUUCUCCGCGAUGUGAACCAUGACAAAGACGGUGACGCGUGAAGCGAAUGGCUGCUUAGACGACGUGAGGAGCUUCCUAGACGAUCUCCAUGCGGCGUGGCCGGGCCCUCCGUUGACCCUGCGGAACGUCGGCUUGGCCGUGCCACUGCUGGCCAUCCUUUGGACGUACUGGCAGCUGCCGGCGCUGAGAGUCGAGAAUGGAAGUGUGGAUCAUUGUGACCCGCUUCGUACCUACGGGGAGAUAACAGUGCGAGGGAUGCACACCAUCUCACGCAUUGCUCCUAGAGGUGGUGUCUUCCUUGACAUUGGCCAGAAAGUCAGAAGGGUUGAUGUUCCUUGUGAUGCGUGUUUUUAAUAGCUUCUAAUUAGAAUUCUUGUUUCUAAUAGCUUCUUGCUCCUAGUAGUAAGGCCAGGAGCCCCUAGUAGCGUCCUUGCUCCUAGUAGCG